CGCCGAAGGAAAGAGAGAGAACUCUCCGGGAAUGGAAGCAGAGAAGGCGACGAACCCCUUAGCCACAGACAGUAGGGCUAGCCGGCUACCGGCCUCGCCAGCGGCAUCGCGAGGAUGCGAAGGGCUAUGGAGCCUCAGAGAAAGGGUGUUGGGAUGGUUCGACCCGGAAGGAACAGCGAAGACAAGAGGGGGGCAGAAAGCCAGCAAGGAAGGGCCAGAUACCAGCGUGGCAGGCGAGGCCAGUAGCUCCGAAGGCAGCCUUAUGAAGAUAGUAUCAUCCCUUACACGAGCACUGAACAAGAACCAAGGCUAUCUGGCAGACGCCAAGAAAAAGUUGACUUUCGAUGGAGCAAACAUCACGGAGUUCCUGAUCGACUACAAGAACCUAGCUGCGUUACUAAAGUGGACCGAGGAGGAAAAGAUGGACCAUCUAGGACAGCAUGUGUCGUUAAGCCUAGGACGGGACAUAAUGACCAUUUUAGCCGCAAGCCGGUCUUGGAAGGAAACCCGAGAUGUGAUGAUGAGGAAGUACCUAGCGACAGAGAAAAUGGCAACGGAGGCCGACCUAUCGGUAGUUCAGAGGAAGAACUUCGCAACGUACAAUGAUUUCCUACGGGAAUUUACUCUAGUUGCACUAAGGAUCCCCAGGGUCACGGACCGGAUAAUGAGCAAAUAUUUCCUCGGGCAGUUCUCCGAGUUCGACAAAGAAAAGAUCCUGUCAGCUUACCAACAGACGAGCAAAUUCGUAAACACGCGGGAUGUUGAUUUUAGCACGGUAACGGAUCUGGAUGAGAAAACGGUAGUAACAAAAACGUUGGCCUUGCUCAAGGAAGGAGAGAUCAUAGAUCUGACCGGUCGGACGGGCGACAAGGUAAAGAAGGGGAUUGAAAGUCUACAUGAAUGGGUGCACGGGGUCGACAAUAAAAUUGAAAGGAUGGAAGGCGCGCUACUGGUUAUGCAGGUGCAAGUAUCCCGACCUGUCCUCCCUCCCCAGGAAGCUAUGGUUCCGCCAGGUGUAGCCAACCGGGGAUUCGGACGGAGAUAUCCUGCUAACGAGCAAUGCAAGUACUGUACCGCGAUAGGACAUUAUGUGCGAGCGUGCCCAAAGCUCAACCAUGAUAUUCUGAAAAGAAGGUGUAUCARGUCAUUAAAGGGGGAGAUAUUUGGACCACAAGGGGAACGAGUGAACUGGAACUCGCCAAGAGGGAUGCGGCAAGCCAUUAUCAUGCUCAACAGGAAGCCGGAUCCGACAAAGACCGACAAGAUAUCACUGUGGCCGACACCACUGCGCACGACGACGGAGGUAACGGCAUUCCUAGGCGUAGUCGGCUUUUGGAGCAUCUUCAUUAAGAACUUUGCCAAGAUAGUUGUGCCUAUUCGGGCUAUGAUUAGGGAAGAAGGAACCAUGGAUUGGACGAAGGAGCGAGAAGGAGUUGUCCAAAGGCUCAAGGACAUAUUGACAUCCGAGACAGUCGCCCUGUCCGCGCCUUGUUUUAAUGACGAAGUGGGACAACCCUUCAUCCUAGAGACGGAUGAAGGACCUUUGGCCGUAGGAGGUGUGUUGAUUCAAAGGGAUGAGGGAGGAAAAGAGAGGCCGAUUAGGUUCGAAAGUAGAACCCUGAACUCCGCAGAACGGCGAUACUCACAGUUCAAGAAGGAGGUCCUAGCCAUCUUGCACUGUCUUAAGACUUUUCAGGCCUGCCUAUUUGGGAGGCGGUUCAUCCUCAGGAUCGAUCCGACGAAUGUUGCAGGGGCCUUAAAGAAUUACAGGCCUAUAGAUCCGAUAGUGGGGAGAUGGGUAGGAUUUAUCUGGCAGUUCGAUUAUAAGAUCGAACGGAUUGCGGGAAUUAGGAACAAGGCUGAUGGGCUGAGCCGGGUCUGCAUCACUCCCGAAGGGGUGAAGGAUGCGGAGCCCAUAGACGCGUUCCUCGAAUACGAAGGAGGAACUCUUGAGGUGGAUAACAAAAGGAUGAGCGAAGAAUGCACGUCGGGAGAACUAUUGAUCCAGACUUUGGAGAAGGGGGCACCUGCCGUAGUAGCGGAACUUAGAGAAGGACCAGUCACCACUCGAGGACGCAGCGAGGCAAAGGACUCAUGGGGAGCGAUAGUAGGGUCAAAAGAGGAAAUGAUAGCAAUGGCAGUCGAGGGAGGACGGGAAGCAGUGAUGAGCUUGGUGGAAUCUUAGGAAAGGAAAAAGUGGCAAUGGGUGGUAAACCAGAUGCAGGAAGGAAAGGAUGGGGGCAAGGAAGGAGAGAAGUUUUUCUAUGUCCAAUCAUACGAAGGGCUCUUUCGGGAGAUCGGGCUGUUAUUGGUAGGAAACAAACAACCUACGGAAGU